AUGGCACAAUAUUCGGUGAACUCCACCAAAUCAUACAUGCAGGCAAUGGCGCCCAUGGUGGAUCUCUUGGGCUCCUUGCACGUGCCCCUGCUGCCGAAAGUGCCCAAAGUCGAUGGUGAAUUGUCGCCGCAGGUCAACCUCCAGGCCACACUAGAUUUGUUCGCUGGUCUUUCCACAGAAAAAUUGCAAGCGAUUGCCAAAAGCUCUGCCUCAAAUGCAUCUGUGGCUAAGGAAAUCAAGCAGGAGUGUUCAAGGGUCAGUCUUUCUCGGGGGCAAGAUGAUCAUGAAACCAUUGGUUUGGUCGAGAACAUCUUAUUGGAGAACCCGAGCGACGAGGAGUUGCAAUCGGCGCUUUUCGACAUAUUAGGAUUUGAAGAGUUUGACCUCAUUUCGAAAAUCGUGCAAAACCGCCAGAACUUGCUCGGCUCUUGCACGCUGGCGCUGCUGGAUACUACCGAAACCGCGGACAAAGACCCCAGCUUGAUGACGCCAGAAGAGCGUGUUGAGCAGCUCUUGGCCAGUCGGGAAAGCCGCAAAAAAGAAAGGCUUGCGCCUGCCGUCAUGAAAAAAGGUCAGUAUCCCCACGUAUUCAAAAAGCAGGACGUGGGCAAUGUCAUUGCCAUCACAGGGAAGCUGUACCUGUUGCCGGCAGGUACUACCAGAGACAGUUAUCCGACCCACGAGGAGAUCAUCAUACCAUAUCCAGAAAACAUUUCAAAUAACUAUAUCAGGGACUCGCAGUUGGUGAAAGUGAGCGAUCUAGACUUUUUGUGUCAAGGCACGUUCAACUACAAGACGCUCAAUAAAAUGCAGAGCUUGGUUUACCCGGUGGCAUACAACACGAACGAAAACAUGUUGGUUUGUGCCCCUACGGGUGCGGGUAAGACUGACGUUGCGCUUUUGACUAUCCUCCACACCAUCGGCCAAUUCUUGACAGAGGCUGAGGAAGGUGUCAUUGACAUUGAUUACGACGAGUUCAAGAUCAUCUAUGUCGCUCCGCUAAAAGCGCUUGCUGCGGAGAUCGUUGAGAAGUACUCACAAAAAUUGAAGUGGCUUGGCAUCAAAGUGAGGGAACUCACAGGUGACAUGCAACUCUCCAGGGCAGAGAUCAUGACCACUCAAGUGAUUGUUACUACGCCAGAAAAAUGGGAUGUAAUUACCAGGAAAUCAAAUGGGGACACUGACUUAGUUGCAAAAGUCAAGCUUUUGAUUAUAGAUGAGGUCCAUUUAUUACACGAAGAAAGAGGCUCUGUGAUUGAAACCUUGGUUGCCAGAACUUUGCGCCAAGUAGAAAGCACUCAGCUGAUGAUCAGAGUAGUCGGUCUUUCUGCCACUCUCCCCAACUACAUGGAUGUUGCAGACUUUUUGGGCGUGAAUAGAAACAUAGGAAUGUUCUAUUUCGAUCAGCUGUUCAGACCUUGCCCAUUGAAGCAGGAACUUGUGGGUGUUAGAGGGAAGGCUGGAUCAAAGACUGCUCGUGAAAAUCUCGAUCGAGUGUCUUACGAUAGGCUUUUGGAGAACAUACGAACCGGAGUCCAGGUCAUGGUUUUUGUCCACUCCAGAAAGGAUACCGCAAAGACCGCUCAAACUUAUAUCUCAAUGGCUCAAAAAAAUGGCGAACUUGAUCUAUUCGAUACUUCCGAGACUUGUGACUCAUAUGACUGGUUCAAACGUGAAGCCGCUGGAAGAAACAGAUCAAAAGACUUGCGUGAGCUUUUUCAUCAUGGUUUUGGUAUACAUCAUGCGGGUAUGCUUCGCUCAGACAGGAACCUCACUGAAAAGAUGUUUCUCAGUGGGGCAAUCAAGGUUUUAUGCUGCACUGCCACUUUGGCUUGGGGUGUUAACUUGCCUGCUGCGGUGGUGAUUGUAAAGGGCACGCAGGUAUACGAUGCAAAGCAAGGUGGCUUUACUGAUUUGGGGAUCUCAGAUGUCAUUCAAAUUUUUGGUCGUGCUGGUAGACCGCAAUUCGAGAAGUUUGGUACCGGUGUUUUGUGUACGACAAGCGACAGGAUUGACCACUACGUCUCAUUGAUUUGCCAGCAACAUCCAAUUGAGUCGAAACUUCUGGCAAAACUUAUCGAUAACUUGAAUGCCGAAAUAUCGUUGGGUACGGUUACGACAAUCGAAGAGGGUGUUCAGUGGCUUGGUUACACUUACAUGAUGGUCAGAAUGAGACAGAAUCCUCAAGUUUAUGCUAUAAACUGGAGGGAACUUGAAGAAGACCCGAUGCUUUUAAAUCGUCGCCGAAACAUGAUCAUAGAUGCAGCAAGAAGGCUUCAUCUGUUACAAAUGAUUGUUUUCGACGAGAAUUCAGGAGCAUUCAUUGCCAAAGACUUGGGUAGAGUUGCGUCUGACUUCUAUUUGCUUCACAACUCUAUCGAGAUUUUCAAUCACACACUCAAUCCCAAAGCCACCGAAGCUGAUGUUUUGGCCAUGAUCAGUAUGAGCAGUGAGUUUGACAAUAUCAAAUUCAGGGACGAGGAAAAAGAAGAAUUGAAAAAGGUUUGUGACAAUCAAACCCCAUGUCAAGUUGGUGGAGAAGCAGAGUCUAACCAAUGGAAAACCAACAUUCUCCUUCAGGCAUUCAUUUCGCAAAUUCACCUCAAGGAGUCUUCUCUUGUCUCCGACUGUAACUACGUGGCCCAAAAUUCUGCUAGAAUUUGUCGUGCUUUGUUCUUGAUUAGUAUCAAUCGCAGAUGGGGACAUUUUCUGAAGAUAAUGCUUUCUUUAUGCAAGUCAAUUGACCGAAGGUCUUGGGCUUUUGAUCACCCAUUGAGCCAAUUCGAACUUUCUGAACCGAUUUUGAGAAAUAUACGCUCCAAAAAUCCUUCCAUCGAUACUUUGCGCGAAUACUCCUCGGCUGAGCUUGGAGACUUGGUCCACAAUUCUGGGGCCGGUGACAAAUUAUACAAGCUUGUUGGCAGAUUUCCGUUUAUUGAGAUUGAAGCUGAAAUCUUUCCAAUCACAAACAACGUGGCCCGGAUGCACGUAUUCUUGGAUCCAGACUUUGUGUGGGACGACAAAUUCCAUGGAAACGCCCAAUAUUUUUGGGUUACAGUUGAAGACUCAGGAGACUCAAGUAUUUUGCAUGUUGAGAAAUUUAUUCUCCGCAGAAACCAGAUGAGAGCUCCACAUGAGCUUGAUUUCAUGAUUCCGUUAUCUGACCCUCCACCAGCGCAAAUUGUGGUAAGAGUCCUUUCUGACACAUGGAUCGGUUCUGAGACAGUACACUCUGUGUCAUUUCAACAUCUCAUUAAACCAACGAACCAUACUAUAAGAACAAAUUUGUUGCGUUUGCAACCUCUACCUGUGACUGCCUUGCAUAACAAAGAAGUGGAGAAAAUCUACAACUCCAAAUUCCGAUACUUCAACCCUAUGCAAACAAUGACAUUUCAUUCUUUAUACAAUACCAAUUCAAACGUGUUUGUUGGCUCUCCAACAGGUUCGGGUAAAACUGUUGUUGCCGAAUUAGCCAUAUGGCAUGCUUUUAAAGAGUUUCCAGGCUCUAAAGUUGUGUACAUUGCCCCCAUGAAAGCUUUGGUUCGAGAAAGAGUCGAUGACUGGCGGGCAAGAAUCACGAAGAACACAAAUCAUAAACUUGUUGAAUUAACUGGUGAUUCGUUGCCCGAAGCAAGAGAAGUACGCGAAGCAAGUAUCAUCAUCACGACGCCCGAAAAAUUUGAUGGUAUCUCCCGUAAUUGGCAAACUAGGAAGUUUGUUCAAGAAAUCUCUUUAGUGAUUAUGGAUGAGAUUCAUUUGUUAGCGAGUGACAGAGGUCCGAUUUUGGAAAUGAUUGUCAGCAGAAUGAAUUAUAUUUCUGCCGAGACAAAAAAACCAAUUCGUCUCUUAGGUAUGUCGACUGCAGUCUCCAACGCUAUCGACAUGGCUGGCUGGCUUAGGGUCAAUGAGGGUUUGUUCAACUUCUCCUCAUCUGUUCGUCCUGUUCCCUUGCAGAUGUACAUUGAUGGCUUCCCAGAUAACUUGGCGUUUUGCCCCUUGAUGAAAACAAUGAACAAACCCGCUUUCAUGGCAAUCAAACAGCAUUCUCCUGAGAAACCCGUCUUAAUUUUUGUGGCGUCAAGACGGCAAACAAGGCUCACGGCACUUGAUUUGAUUCACUUAUGUGGAAUGGAACUGAAUCCAAGAAGAUUUUUGGAGAUGGAUGAUGAAGAAUUGCAAAAUGUUCUAGAGAGAGUAAAAGAUGACACUUUACGAAUCUCUUUACAAUUCGGCAUGGGUUUACAUCAUGCUGGUUUGGUAGAGUCAGAUCGUCAGAUAUCUCACAAAUUGUUUGAGGCCGGCAAAAUUCAGAUUUUGAUCGCCACAUCCACUUUGGCUUGGGGUGUCAAUUUGCCUGCUCAUCUAGUCAUCAUCAAAGGUACUCAAUUUUUCGACUCCAAGAUUGAAGAUUACAAAGAUAUGGAUUUGACAGAUAUCUUGCAGAUGAUGGGAAGAGCUGGUCGUCCGGCCUUUGAUACAAGUGGAACGGCCAUCGUUUACACAAAAGAAUCGAAAAAAGUUUUUUACAAGCAUUUCUUGAAUAUUGGAUUUCCUGUUGAAUCAUCGCUACACAAAGUGUUGGAUGAUCACAUUGGUGCUGAAAUUGCGAGUGGAACUAUAAAGUCUCGCCAGCAGGCAAUGGACUUUUUAACUUGGACAUUUUUAUACCGAAGGGCACACAAUAAUCCAACAUAUUACGGAAUCGAAGAUAUGUCUUCGGCAGGAAUAUCUCGCUACCUUGGAGGGCUUAUUGACAAUACAAUCGAAAGUUUGCAAGAGUCACAGUGUGUGAAACUUGGAGCGAAAGACCAACUUUUGCCUACGUCUUUUUUGCAGAUUUCAUCAUUCUACUAUCUUUCGCAUAAAUCCAUACGGACGGUUCUCAAGCAUAUGAAAGUGGACUCCUCAUUUAGAGACUGCUUGCGCAUGUUAUGUCUCGCCACGGAGUAUGAUGAGUUGGCUACCAGACAUGGUGAGGAACUCAUUAACAUGGAGAUGUCUCAGGCCAUGAGGUACCCAGCGGAGGACAUCGAUUAUGAAUUCAUAUGGGACCCACAUGUGAAAGCAUUCUUGUUACUUCAGGCGUUUAUGAGUCGGGUAGAUCUUCCGAUCGCAGAUUACGCGCAGGAUACUGUUUCAGUUUUAGACCAGGCUUUGCGUAUUUUGCAAGCUUUCAUCGACGCGGCUUCUGAACUUGGAUACUUGCAAGUCGUGCUUACUUUGAUCGAGAUCAUGCAAUGUCUCAAACAAAGAAUUUGGCACGACGAGAAUGCAUUGUCUGCCCUCCCAGGGGUGGACCCCAGCAAAGUUACCGAUGAAAUUGACUUCACUGUCCUAGGAACCUUCAAUCCUGGAAAAAUCAGCAAGCUUGCUAAAAGACUAGGAGUUGAAGAUGCUGGCGAGGAGGCCUUAAAAUCAUUUAUGCGUGUUGUUUCCCACUUGCCAACUGGCGAUUUUUCCGUCAAGCAGAGCGAUCCUGAAUCUCUUUCCAUUGUUUUGGAGCACCACAACUCACCUUUGACCCGUGAGUUUAAAGCAUACGCCCCUCAUUUUCCUAAAACGCAAAGGGAAUCCUGGUUUUUGAUUUUGUGUGACGCCAACAAAAAAGAGUUGUUGCUCAUCAAAAGAGCUUCGCCUAAACUAUUUGGCAAGAAAGGAAAAGUUGUUUGCUCAUUGGAGAUAUUUGAUGAUAUGAGGGGUCAAGAGGUGGUACUCAUGUGUGUGAACGAUGCGAUGCGUAUUUCGUACGAAGUGAAGCUCACAUUGAUGUAA